GCGGCUUUAAGCAGGUGGCAAUGGGCUGGGGACUCGGAGCCGCGGCCUGGGCCUCGGGCCUGCUCCUUCUCCUCGGGCUCCUGGGAAGCGAGGCCGAGCCUCCGCUGCGGGCGGGGUGGAUUAACUACGAGAACCUGUGGAAGGUUAAAGAGCGGGCGGUGCAUGGUUACGGCGCCGGCCUCCUGGGCCCGCGGGCUAGCGUUGAAGGAGGAUGGGGCUCGGGCUCGGUCUCCGGGGCUGGGGAGCCGCCAAAACCACCUCCGGCCUCUGGCCUGGAGCCUGGCAUGAUGGCCCCGCCCUUCACACUCGAGACCCUGGACGGAGAGCUGAGAUUCCCGCCGGUCAGGGAACAACAGCCCCGCUCCUUCAUCUUCCAGGCGUUCACCAAUAAAUCCGGCUUCCUGGAGUGUAUGUGGACCUCUCGAGCUUCCCUCACCGCCCUGGUGGACAGACUUCCCCAGCACAGCCAUGUGGUCUUCCUGUCCUUCGACGACUCGGCUCCUAGGGAUGCCAGAUGGAUGAAGCAGCAGCUUGUCGGAGUGAUGGAGGAAAGGUUGAAGAACAUCAGGAGAUUUAAGGACUUGCUGUCUCGACUUCAUUUUGUACCAAUUCCUGUCUAUGCUCUGGGAAACUGGAUCCCUGCUAUCUUUUAUGCUUGGAGAUGUCAAGAGCACAACUGUGGACUCGCUCAAAUUGUCUUCACUUCACCAGAAUUGAAAUUAACAGUCGUUACCAAAAGACUGGAUGCUAGAUAUGACUGGAUAAUGAAAAGCUGGAGAUCAGUACCGUAUAUUCUUAGGGAUGGUGGAGAUGGGUGUGACAUCUCACAUGGAGUAAAAGAUGCUGUGGCUUUGGUCUCUGAUAAAGGGAACUGUUCAUACUUCACAAAGGUCAACAAUAUGGCAAAUUCUGAAGCACUAGGGGUCCUAGUUUAUGUAAGACCUGGUUGGCCACUUCAGGAUAUGAACUGCUGGGGAGUAGAUUGCCUUACUACCAUAAAGAUACCAGCCUCAAUAAUGCAUUUUCAGAAAGAUGUGAUGGAUGCAUUAAGAAACCAUGCCAAAGUGAAUGUGACUUUCCAACACACUCCUUCGCCUAAUUUUUUCUUUGGAAUUGACAUGGACAGAAGAUUGUCAGAAAUGGGUUGGUUCCUCUAUCCAACAUUUAAUUUUGUUGUCUGGCAAGCUCAAUGGUUUAUUUACAUGGAAAACUUGACUGCAAAGCUUCAGUUGCCAGCUACUAUAAUAAAUGUGUUCAAUGACACUGUGAUGCAAGGGAACAAGGGAACUGUAGCAAUUACGGAACUCCCAGAAGACCUACUUUCAUAUGACCAUCUUGAACUUGAUGCCUCAUUGUCGUGCCCUGGAACAAGAGAUGAAACUUGUGCUCAUUGGGAUCACACAGUUCAGCUGUAUGUAUGCUGUAUGCAGAACAGCUCGUACUGCAAUCUUGAACUUGGAAGAUGGAUUACACCAUUCCGCAGACGCAUUGGACGCUGGUUAACAGAUGUCUCGCCACUUCUACCCCUGCUUAAUGCUAAGCAGUGCACAUUCACGUUGAAGACUGUGCCAUGGGCCAUGCCCUGGAAACCAUCCCUCAAUCUUCAUUUCAUUAAAAGAAGCCAAUUAUUGUCAGGAUACAGUUCAUCACCAUACCCCUAUAAACUGCUGCAACUCUUCACUGGUGGGAUAUUUAACAGAAAUUACAACAAGAAGUAUCAACCUAUUAGAUUUGUUGUACCAUCCUCUACCAAGAAGGUUGAAUUGUAUGCUGUGAUCACGGGCCAUGGAAGUGAUGAGAAUGGCUGUGGAGAAUUCUGUAUCACUUCUCAUCAUUUUGUAAUUAACGGCAUUUAUAAUAAUUCAAGGACAUUUAACAAUGCUGGUACUCCUUUAGGUUGUGCUAACAAGGUUUUAGAGGGCGUGGUCCCGAAUGAGCAUGGUACAUGGCUGUAUGGGCGAAAUGGCUGGUGCGAUGGACAGGAUGUGGCACCAUGGAGGAAAGAUGUCACUGAGCAGGUGAACAUGACUGGGAUAAACAGCAUCGUGUAUUUUGGCUGGUUUAACGGUAAAGAUCCUGACCCGAAGCAGAACCCUGGAGAAAUUACAAUGUAUUCCUACCUUGUAUUUUACAAGUAAAAUCACAAAUCCUAGCUAAGCUGUACUUGAAAUUAAUACUAACUCAGGAGUUUAUAAUCAAAUACAGGAAGUUUUUUUUCCUGAAGUAACAAGCUGUUGGCUAAACGUUGCUGUCUGUAUUUCACUGGCAUGUUUUUGAUGCUACAGCCUUUAACGAUCACUGUCAAAAUAUUCUAGAAUGCAUAUUUGAAUGUCACUUGGGCCAGGUUCAAAAGCUACAAUUUCACAACUUAAAUAGCAAUUUUCAGACUCAUAUUUUCCUGGAAGAGUUAAACAUGCAGAAUCAAAAUUGACCAGAUCUGCCACAGGAAAGCUUUAGCUUUGCCAAAGAACAUGUUUUUCUACUGUUAAUUUUUAAUUCUGGUAAUUAACCAUUACUUCUGUCAAAAUACAUACAAUUUUUACAUCCUGAGUCGCACUUGAUUUAAUUCCUUGCAUCAUGUGACAGUAUUGUUUUUUCUAGAUGUUUCUUCACGUUUUAACUGUUAUUUUUUUUUAACUGCUUCUUCUUAUCGUGUCCACGGACAGUCUAUACAUGGCCCAGCCAGAACUGGACACAUUUUUGCGCCUUGUUAAAUUCGGCAAGAUCUGCAACAGUGCAGGGUUCCUCUAGCAAUAGGCAUUGCAGGAGAUGCUUUGCUAUUAUGUAUCCGCAUUCAUUACAAUGGCAGUGGAGUGGGUAUUACUUUGUUCAUUGCAUAAAAUGCCUAAAUAAAAGUGAAAGCUGGCUACCAAAAAUAAAGCUGACCAAUAAAACUGCCUCUUCACAUGG